GGGUUAUAGCCAGGAUAAACAUAACUGGGUGUAGGCUAUUUAUAGUGUCCUGUUUACACGAUUUGUGAAAGCGACUUUAAUGAAAAUGUGCUCAAAGUUAAAAGGGUAAAUCUGACGUCUUCCAAUAUGAAACAUGAACUCUUAAAACCUGCUUUGUUGUGGUUUCGUGUCACGCGCAGACUCAGAGACAGAGGAUUGGAGCGUGCACUGCGGGGGGUUGCAUUGCCAGGGGCGACCACUGCUGUCAAGUGCCCGUCUUGAUCUCUCGCAGAACUGCAGCCAAGUGAGGGAUAAGAAGAAGAGACUUAGAGAUAAUUCAAGCUUCAUCUCAUGAGGACGGUUUAACAGAGAUGACGGACAUACUGCGGCUGGUGUCAGAGGCGGACAGACGGACUUUACCGACUCUAUCUCAGCUCUCUGAAAACGAUAUCAACUGUAUUUGGGCUGAUGUGUCCACCUACAUUGAACGUCAGAUGACCUUAAAGAAGGGGGUUCACCUGGCAGGACUGGGCACCUUCACCUUCUCUCAGCAGAAGUUGGACAUAGGAAACAGGUUCACAACGAUCCAGCGACCCAUCUUCAUCCUGUCGGGGAAACUAAUCCAGUCUCUGAGUUUAAAGCAGGUCAGGCCACUUGCUGCAGCAACACACCUACCCGUGGUUCAACUGAAUUUUGCAGCGGUGUCACAGGAGACUCUCUUCAGUCGAGACGUGGUCGAGGGCUGUGUCAGAGAAACUCUUCUGCUCCUCUGCAGAGCUUUGGCCUCUGAACAAAAUAUCUUCCUAACCUUACAAGGGAUCGGAGUUUUGUCCUUCAAGAACAACAAGGUGCGGAUGAAGUUCAACAGAGAUUUUAUUAACGCCAUGGAUGGGACUGGUAGGCUGCUGCUGGCAUUUAACAAUCAGAGACCCGGGAGCAGUGUGUCUUUACUGUCCAGUAGACCGUCCGGGCUUCAGAGGCCACAGACUGCCAAUCCCAUCACCCUGCCAAGUGUUUGCUCUCCUCCACCAGACAACAGUGACAAAGAUCCAUGGUGCUGCUCGUCACCAGCUCCAGAACAGAGGAAUGCAGGAGAAGUUCCCCAACAGAGAGAUUCUAAAUCCCGUCAGCCACUGCAGCCUGCCCUGAUAAAAGCUGUCAGCCUGUCUGAAGAACUGAAUCCAAAACCCCCAACAGAGUCCACAGAGAAGCGCACUGCUUCCAUCUCACCACCAGAGGUCUCUCUCAAACCGGAGGAACCUCGUGUGAAUGUCAGCUGCUCUGGCCACACCCGUGCUGGACAGGAGCUGUGCUACCUGUGUAUGCAGCGGGCUAAAAGAAAUGUUCCCGUCUACCUGAGGAAACAGCAGGAGGCAGAGGAGAAAGCUCAGGAGAAACUCUUACUGCUUCAAGAACAACAGAGAGAUAAGCAGUUGAUGCAGGAAGAACAAGAAAGGCUGAAUGAGCAGCGUGAACAUGCAAAGCAGGUUUCUACAUUCAACCUUCAAAGGAAUAAGGAGAAGAAAGAGAAAACUUUAUUUCCCCUCUUCCCUACCUCAUUCAUCUUCCCGGAUCGGCCCCUCACAGCCGCCAGGAGGAUUCAGCAGCAUUUUUACAUGAAUGACCUGCAGAACCAGAUAGAGAGCCGAAGGCAACACGAGGCUCUGGACCAGCAGAACCGUCUCCUCAUGGAGCAUCUGGACCAGGUUCAGCUGGUCCAGGAGCUAGCUUUGCAGAAGGCCCAGCAGCUCCAGCAGAAACAGGAGAGUACCACGCAUUACAAGAGGGCUCUGGACACUCAGGUGGGAGAUAAAAAGUUCACAGACCCUCCAGAGUGUCAGACCAACAGCUCGGGGUUGACCCGCUGUGAGACAGCAGCCAGCAACAACGAGAGCCGAGAGAGGGCUCAGAAGCUCUUUCAGGUAAAUUUCAGCACUGCCACUCAGAGGAAAAGAGACAAAGAGCACAAACGCCUCGAACAACUGGAGAAGGAAAAAGAAACGCUCAAACACAGUCAACUGGAGUUGAUGUUGGGCCGCAUCAAUCGUUUUGAGAGGCAGCGGGACAUCAGCAGGUGUCUAGAGGACGAGUGGAGUCGCAGUGUGAGGCUGAAACACCAGCGAGAAAAUGAGGAGAAGCGCUUUCUGAGAUCUGCUGGAGAGCUCCUGGUAGAUAAGCUUUCAGAGUACAGACGCUGCUGCCAGUGUCGGAGAAGGACAACAAACUGUGGAGAGACCAACAUCUGGAAAGACUCUCAUUACCUCUCUGGCUCUCAGUUCAUGAUCUGAUGAACAGUAGGGCCAACAGCAGCACAUAUACAUGUAUACAUACACAGUAUAUUCCACAUUAGUCAUGCAUUACUUAUGGUAUUCAACUUAUUUAAAUGCAGCAUUAGAGGUAGUGCGACAGCUUUUUCACGAUGUAUUCCACAUCUUCCAUAGAUUUCAUGCAUACAGAUAAUGUAUUCUCUAGAUACUGUUUCUUUAUCAAUUAGACUUUGGAUCUCAUGUUUGUUUUGUCUAAUUUUGGCUAGAAUUAUUUUGGGUAUUCCCAGGAUUUCAUGUUACUAAUCACACACACACACACACAGACACACACACACACACACACAGACACACACACACACACACACACACACACACACACAC